AUGGAGAGUGAUGAUAUGUCGAGUUGUAAGGAUUUGGAAGUUAAGUUAGGGUUACAGAAGGGUUUGUCUCAGAAUUUGUUGAAGCCUAGGGUUAACAAAGAAAUGGAGAAGGAGGAGAAAAAAUUGUUGGGGAAGCAAAUUGAGGUUGGUGUUGAUUCGGAUGAUAAUGAACCUAUUGGUUCUUUGUUCAAGUUGAAGAGACCUAGAAACCCUAAAAAGGUUAAGGUGGUUUUGGAGAAGGUUGAAGUUAGGGAAGAUAAAUUGGUGGUUGAGGAGGAGGAUUUGGGAGGAAUGGAUGAUACGCUUGCAAGUUUUAAGAAGAAGUUGAAAGGUCCUAAGAAGGAUUGGGGAUCUGUAAGUGCUAGUCACAAUGAAGGUGAUGGGUUAUUGGAUGUGAAUGUGGAGAAGAAAGUACAAAACAAGCGUAAGGAGAGGGCAAAGAAAGUGAUGGUUGAUGGGAAGAGUGCGAGAACUGGGGGUGAUGCUGUGGUUGAUGAUGAUUUGGAUGGUUUGGGAUCUCAGGGUGCUUUGUUAGGGAAUCAAGAAGAGGAAAGUUUGUUGCCUGGUGAGAGUUCAAGUCAUUCUUUGGAUGAGAAGUUGGAAGACUCGAUAUCAGCUUUUUUUCAGAAGAAGCAAUCUGGUUCGGCGAGGAAGUCUCGUGCAAAUUUGAGUUCAAAACAAAUUAAUAGGGUUCAGUGUUUGGAGGACAGAUUAAGCCCUGGAUCUGGAGUUUGUUCUGGGGAUCCCAAGGAUGUGGCUUUAAGGACAAUUGGAUCUGGUUCUGUCUCAAGUUUUGUCUGCAAAGAUCUAGAAGCUGGGGACAGUUCCCAUAUAGCUGCCAAUUUGACUUUGUUAGAUUCUACCUCUAGACAAAUUUUGAGUGAAAAAAACCAGAGGCUUGAUAAUGGGUUUGGCGAAACUUCCUAUUGCAUAGAAGAAAAAUCUGAUAGAAUUAAAGAGCUCCCUGCGAUAAAAAAUGAAAGUAUGAAGUCCAAUGACAAGAGACAUGGUAAAUCUUCAGAAGCUACUGCAGAGGUUGCUGCACCUGUAUCUCCAGCAUUGGGGUCUCAACAUGGGGUGAUUGAAGAUGAAGAAACGCAGGACCUUUUCAUCGCAAGUGUUAAAGAGGAACCUAUGGUGGAACCUUGCAGUUCAGAUAGAAUUUGGAAUGAAAGUCAUUCUGCUUCAGGCAAUAAUGAUGGCUUGGAAACUCAAACUUUAAAGAAUGGGUUAAAGCUUUGUUCUGUGGGUAAAGUAAGCACCUUGGAUGCAUUAGAACAACAAUCUAAGGAUGUUUCAGCUGCAUGCUUUGCAAAUGCGGAACCUCAAAUUUCGUUAUCUUCAGGUGGAAGAGAAAUUUCAGCUACCUCUAGCCCUAAUAGUCAAAAUGAUCUGCAGGGUCUUGCUUCAGUUCCUAAAAAGGGAAAUGUCGAAGUAUCUGAUGGUAGGUUAUCUCCUAUCACCGUAACAUCUGGGGAAGUUCAUAAAUCUACAUUUGCUUUGCACAUGAACCACAAUGGGAACUCAGAUUAUCUUUCCAUCAACGAAGAGGCCAAUGGGCCAUCUCCUCGAUCUGUAACUCCAGAAGAAAAUGAAAGUUAUCCAGAAGAUGCAGUAUCGGUGCCAGAUUCUGACAUCAAAGAUGGUCACUUAGCAGCUGUUCAGCGUGCUGUGCGGAAGGCCAAAAAGCGUAGACUUGGUGACAUGGCUUAUGAAGGGGAUGUUGAUUGGGAGAUUUUGAUAAAUGAGCAACAAUUUCUGGAAAAUGACCAGGUUGUUGAAAGUGAUCGAUCUCUUAGAACUAGAGAGAAGUCUGAUUCUUCUUCAAACAGUGCUGAGGCUGAAAAUGGUGGGAUCGCAGCAGUUUCAGCUGGAUUGAAAGCCCGUGCAGCAGGUCCAGUUGAAAAGAUAAAGUUUAAGGACGUCUUAAAGCGCAAAGGUGGGCUUCAAGAAUAUUUGGAGUGCAGGAAUCGAAUAUUGGGUCUUUGGAGCAAAGACAUCAGCCGUAUAUUGCCUCCUGCAGACUGUGGCAUCAUUGAGACCCCUUCCCACGAUGAAUCACCCCGUGCUUCUCUAAUAAGGCAAAUCUAUGCAUUUCUCGAUCAGAGUGGCUAUAUAAAUGCUGGAAUUGCUUCUGAGAAAGAGAGAGCAGAACCUAGUGCCAAUCACAAUUAUAAACUUGUUGAAGAAAAAACUUUCGAGGGAAAUCCUGGAGCUUCAGUAGCUGAUUUAGAGGAUGGGGUCUCCUUUAUUCUUGGUCAGGUUAAAAGUUCUGAAAAUUCCUUGGAGCCGAAGGACAGAGUUCCAAUGGAUAAUCAAGACCUGGCAUUAAAAGCUUUGAAAAGUGAGGAGCUUGCUACUCCAAUGACACAGGAUUUACCUAACAUCAUGGAAUGUGAAGAAUGGCCAGCUGAUGAUAUUCAGGAAAAUAGUGUUAGCAAUACAAAGUUAACUAAUGGACUGGCCAGUUUGGAUGCUUUGAGUACUGAUCCAUCUUGCACAAUGCUGGAUAGCAGGACCGUCCCUGUCAUAACUCCAGAGUUAAGGAAUGGCUUGCAAAGUGUUAAAUCUAACUCUUUUGCCAAUACGGGAGGAACUCAUAAACUGCUGUGUGAUUCUGAAGACAGAAAGAAAAUAAUUGUCAUCGGAGCUGGUCCUGCUGGCUUAACUUCAGCACGUCACUUGCAACGUCAGGGUUUUUAUGUCACUAUACUUGAGGCUCGGAGUAGAAUAGGGGGUCGCGUUUAUACAGAUCGCUCAUCUCUUUCAGUCCCUGUAGAUCUUGGGGCUAGUAUUAUAACUGGAGUUGAGGCUGAUGUGACUAGUGAAAGAAGACCAGACCCUUCCUCAUUGAUUUGUGCGCAGUUGGGCCUUGAGUUGACUGUGCUAAAUAGUGAUUGUCCUCUUUAUGAUAUUGUGACUGGAGAAAAAGUUCCCACAGAUCUGGAUGAAGAAUUGGAAGCAGAGUACAACAGCCUUCUUGAUGACAUGGUGUUGGUUAUUGCUCAGAAAGGGCAACAUGCUAUGAAAAUGUCUCUGGAGGAUGGUUUAAACUAUGCCCUCAAGACGCAUCGUAUGGCACACCCUGGAGACUAUAUCGAGGAAAAUGAAUCAAGAAAUGCAGUGGAUGCUUUAGAUGAUUCCAAAACUUGUAGGGUUGACGGUGAAGCUCCUGAGAGGAGUUCUAAAGAGGAGAUUCUGACUCCUCUUGAGAGGAGGGUUAUGGAUUGGCAUUUUGCUCAUCUGGAGUAUGGGUGUGCUGCUUCUCUCAAGGAAGUUUCUCUUCCCUACUGGAAUCAGGAUGAUGUUUAUGGAGGAUUUGGAGGAGCUCAUUGUAUGAUUAAAGGGGGUUACAGUAAUGUUGUCGAGUCGCUGGGGGAAGGACUUGUCAUUCACAUGAACCAUGUAGUCACAGAUAUUUCAUAUGGCAUCAAAGAUGCAGGAGCAAGCGAAAGUCAUCAUAGCAAAGUUAAAGUCUGCACCUCGAAUGGUAGCGAGUUUUUGGGAGAUGCUGUGUUGAUUACUGUGCCUCUUGGGUGCCUGAAAGCAGAAACCAUCAAGUUUUCCCCUCCAUUACCCCAAUGGAAACGUUCAUCCAUUCAGCGACUUGGUUUUGGAGUUCUUAAUAAAGUGGUCCUCGAAUUCCCAGAAGUUUUCUGGGAUGAUUCUGUGGAUUACUUUGGUGCGACUGCUGAGGAAACUGAUCGGAGGGGUCAUUGUUUUAUGUUUUGGAACGUCAAGAAAACUGUCGGUGCUCCCGUGCUUAUAGCUCUAGUAGUUGGCAAGGCAGCUAUUGAUGGCGAAAGAAUGAACUCAUCUGAUCAUGUAAGUCAUGCCCUAAUGGUUCUUCGUAAACUAUUUGGGGAGGCUUCGGUACCUGAUCCAGUAGCAUCAGUGGUAACUGAUUGGGGCAGGGAUCCUUUCAGCUAUGGUGCUUACUCCUAUGUUGCCAUUGGAUCAUCUGGAGAAGACUAUGAUACAUUAGGCAGGCCUGUUGAGAACUGUGUAUUUUUUGCGGGUGAAGCCACCUGCAAGGAGCAUCCAGACACAGUUGGUGGAGCUAUGAUGAGUGGGCUCCGGGAGGCAGUGCGUAUAAUUGACAUAUUGAGUAUGGGAACUGAUUAUACAUCAGAAGUAGAGGCAAUGGAGGGGGCACGGAGACACUCAGAGGUUGAACGGGAUGAAGUUAGAGACAUAACAAGGAGACUUGAGGCUGUUGAACUGUCCAAUGUAUUGUAUAAAAAUUCUCUGGAUCGGGCCAGAUUUUUAACUAGGGAAGCUUUACUACGAGACAUGUUCUUUGGUGCAAAAACCACUGCAGGACGUUUGCAUCUGGCCAAAAAGUUGUUGAAUCUUCCUGUUGGAACUCUGAAGUCCUUUGCUGGGACCAGGAAAGGGCUUACUGUGCUCAACUCAUGGAUUCUGGAUUCAAUGGGGAAGGAUGGGACUCAACUCUUGCGUCAUUGCGUUCGUCUUCUUGUUCUUGUUUCAACUGAUUUACUAGCUGUGCGCUUGUCAGGCAUAGGGAAAACAGUGAAAGAAAAAGUUUGUGUCCACACAAGCCGUGAUAUACGCGCCAUAGCAAGUCAGCUGGUUAGUGUGUGGCUUGAAGUUUUCCGCAGGGAAAAAGCUUCAAAUGGUGGGGUAAAGUUAUCAAGACAUACAACUGCAUUGGAUUCUUCAAAGAGGAGAUCUUUCAACAAUUCAACCUCAGGAAAGCCGCCAUUGCGCACUCAUCAUGGUGCUUCGGAGAAUAGAGGCAAUUUGCUGCAGCAAGCCAGAAACUCUGAAAUACUCAAGCAGACUGGAUACAGAGGUCGAGGGGGUAACACAGUUGCCAUCUCUGAGGAAGAACUGGCUGCCUUAGCUGCAGCGGAGGCAGCUCGUGCUGCUGCUCGUGCAGCUGCCCAGGCAUAUGCAUCAUCAGAAGCCAAGUGCAGCACAUCAGUGCAGCUGCCUAAGAUACCCUCGUUUCACAAAUUUGCUAGACGGGAACAAUAUGCACAAAUGGAUGAAUAUGAUCUCAGAAGAAAGUGGUCCGGAGGUGUUCUGGGAAAACAAGACUGUAUAUCAGAAAUUGACUCUAGAAAUUGCAGGGUCAGGGACUGGUCUGUUGAUUUCUCUGCUGCAUGUGCCAACUUUGAUAGUUCCAGAAUGUCAGGUGAUAACCUAUCUCAGCGGAGCCAUUCAAAUGAGAUUGCUUGCCAUGUGAAUUUUAGGGAGCAGUCUGGAGAAAGUGCAGCAGUAGACAGUAGCCUUUUUACAAAAGCAUGGGUGGAUACUGCUGGUAGUGCGGGGAUAAAGGACUAUCAUGCCAUUGAGAGAUGGCAAUGUCAAGCAGCAGCAGCUGAUUCUGAUUAUUUCAAUCGUGCUAUGCAUGUAAAAGACGAAGAGGAUUCAAACACAAGUUCCAGACAACCCACCUGGAAGCAUGAUGGACAAGCAAAUGAAAGCUCCAUCUCACAGGUUACUGUAAACAAGGAACCAUCAAGACAUCAUUCUCGAGGGGCUGAUCGUAUUAAACAGGCAGUUGUUGAUUUUGUUUCAUCAUUGCUCAUGCCUGUUUAUAAGGCAAGGAAAAUUGAUAAGGAUGGAUACAAAUCAAUAUUGAAGAAAAGUUCAACUAAGGUCAUGGAGAAGGCUACAGAUGCAGAAAAAGCCAUGGCUGUUUCUGAGUUUCUUGAUUUCAAGCGCAAGAAUAAGAUCCGUGCCUUUGUGGACAAAUUGAUUGAGAACUAUAUGGCAGCGAAGCCAGCUGUUGAUCCUUGA